GCCAAAGAUAAGGCUGUUACCGGUCUAACCAAGGGUGUUCUGAACCAGUUUGUAUCCAAUAUUUCUCAAAACGUAGAAGAGAUUUUAGCUCUCAAAUCGUUUCCGACAUUUCGCCAAACAUUACGAUUGCAAUGUAUCACAAUCAGUGUUGGCCCCUGGACUGGACCGGUCCAAUGGACCACUACUGGACUGGACCAGUCCAGUCCAGUUCCAGUACUUACUGGAACUGGACCUAAAUAA